CUCCCAAGCGCGACCCAUCAACAGCUAUCUGCACUCCAUAAACACGCUCGCUUUUUAAUCAGUUAAACGGGUCUAUCAGUUUUUGCCGUUUUUUCCUUCCCGCUGGUGUAUUAGUCAGGUAGCCGGUUUUUGUUUGUCAACGCUUUUAAUUAACUCAUCUGCUGCCAAAUCCUAUGGUAUAGGGCUGGGAUGCCUGCUCACUGCGUUUUUACUUCUCAUAUGCGCACCCCAUAAAGGAAACCGCUCCGCUUAGUCGUGCACGCCCUCAGUGUUCACUGGCUAAAACGCGCCACUCUCCUACCGAGUAAAGUUGGCCAACGCUGGAAUAUCUGCGGGGGAAUUUACCAGAAGUCGUUGGAUGUGGUGGAAUAUCACCUUUGGACCGCGACGCAGCCCCGGAUCACUGAGCGGCACAUGUGAACGCAGCGUCUUGCGUUCCGUUGAUAAGGCAACCCGCAUUUGGAAAGAUGAGUCUGUCAGCACGGUAUCCAGAAUAACGUUACAGCAACGUUUCAACUUUGGGGUUGAAUUCCUGUAUCUCAUUUUGGAAUUUAGAAAGUUUUGAUUAUCUUUUAAGACAGUGGAUGUUUUAUGUUCGGCGUUUGGCAAGAUUUGGAGUUAUGCUUGGAUAUUUUACAAUUCAAUGCGUCGAGACCACCUUGGAGUGCUAACGAGCAACAAGGGAAAGAAAUACAUUUAUUUGGAGAGAAGAAUUUGCACCGGAGCACCAUUAUUUUCAGCUCCUUAACUCGGAUACCUUGUUAGAUUUACCAGGAUGUAUUUCUAUAUAUACGGCUUACUGCUGUUUUUUGCCGAAGUAGUGUUUUCCUCCGCCAGCUCCUCCGCCCUGCUGGUGCCCGUGCCGGGCCUCCCCGACACCGUGGACUGCGUCAAGGCCAGCGACAUGUGCAACCAGAGCCCCCAGUGCAGCUCGCGCUACCGCAUCAUGCGCCAGUGCCUGGUAGGCCGCGACAGGAAAUCCAUGCUGGCCAACAAGGAGUGCCAGGCCGCCCUGGAGGUUCUGCAAGAGAGCGCUUUGUACAACUGCCGCUGCAAGCGCAGCAUGAAGAAGGAGCUGCAGUGCCUGCAGAGCUACUGGAGCAUCCACAUGGGCCACAACGAAGGUGAGGAGUUCUACGAAACCUCUCCCUACGAGCCAGAUUCAUUCCGUCUAGGCUCCAUCCUCUCAGGUAAGGGUGCCUGUCUCUCAUCUCUUGUCUUUGGUUCCGUCUAGCCUCCAUCCUCUCAGGUAAGGGUGCCUGUUCCUCAUCGCUCGUCUUUGGUCACGUCAUCUCUUGCAUCUGCACUGAAUAAAACCCUAUUUCCUCUCCCUGUCCUGUGGCGUCAGCCUUGACCCACGGCAGCAUCAGUAUGACUUCACAAUAGCAGACAAAGUCUUGGAAACUAUAGGACUCUAAGAAUCUUAAACUAUAACUAACUCCUGAGUGACUAAGGGAUUUAGUAGAGCUGGGUAGCAACAGACAAUGACUCUCAUACAGUGUGCAUUUACCU